AUGACUGCCUUUACAAUCGGCAGACACUACUUGGUGGAAAAAAUGGACUCUAAAAAAGGCCGCUGGGAGACGGUGUCUGAGGUUACACGUGGUACACAAUGUCCAGUAAACCGAUUGGAAGAAGGCAAUCGCUACCUUUUCAGAGUCACUGCCGUCAGCAAAGAGGGACCAAGUGAACCCUGCGAGACGACUACGGAAACAUUGGCGAAGAAUCCGUUUGGUAAGUGGAGAAUUGUAUUAACACAAAUAACAUAUUUUUCGUGUUUAAGUAGAGUUUCAAGACUACCAGUAGAUCAGUACUAUGAAAUCUAUUCACCCUAUUUCGUCUAA